AUGAGCAUGCACCCGUCGCCAUUGGCCAUGCUCCAGCUCACCUUAGCCGAUUUACCGGAAGCCGUGAUCAACUCAGUCGAUCCACUUGACCCGGCGAAUCAGUUUUUGGAGUCGACCGCACAAACAGACAUCGAGAGUUGGGGAGUGAUCGUCAACAGCUUCGCCGAUAUCGAACCGCCGGCAUACAUUCAACUCCUUGAAUCAUUCUACGGACCGGUUGCCGGAGGCCGAGUUUGGCUCGUCGGCCCCCUAAACCUCCUCACCGAAACCGAACCGGUGGAGAAGCUCAGCUCUGAGUCGGAGUGUAUUCGGUGGCUCGACCGGCAGCCCGAUGGAUCGAUCAUCUACGUGGCGUUCGGGACGCAGGUGGAUAUUUCUGAUGAGCAGCUGGAUGAGGUAGCCCACGGGCUGGUUCGGGCCGGGAUCCGAUUCCUAUGGGCCGUGCGGUCGGAAACAUGGCUGCCACCCAUAGGUUCUGCAGAUCUGGGGAGGAUAGAGAGAGGGUGGGUCCCUCAAAAGCAGGUGUUGAGCCACGUGGCAGUCGGAGGAUUCGUGAGCCACUGCGGCUGGAACUCGGUGCUUGAGGCGGUGUCGGCCGGCGUGGCGUUGCUGACGUGGCCGAUGAUUGCGGAACAGUGGCUGAAUGCGAAGAUGGUGGCGGAGGUGAUAGGCGUUGGGAUAAGGCUCCGAAUCCCGGCUGCGGGAGUGGUGGUUGGAAGGAAGGAAGUGGAAGAAGGGGUGAGAGAGUUAAUGGAAGGGGAGAAGGGGAGGAGGGCUAGGGAGAGGGCGGCUGAGCUGGCGGAGAAAGCUAAGGCUGCGGUGGUGAAGGGAGGAUCGUCUUAUGAGACCCUCGAUAAGCUCCUAGAAGAGCUUAGGAAGGUUCCGACGGCUACGGCGGUGACGGAGGUGGAGGAAGGAGAAGCACGGGUUGAAGGGGAAGUGAAGAUGGUGAAGAUGGUGCAUAGGGAAUGGCGCGAUGGUCUGCAGCCUCUGCAUGCAUGAUGCAUGCACCAUAAAAAUAUGAUUAAAAUAAUAAUAGUAUUCUCAUAUUUUAAUCAGAGCGUUAGAAAAGAUGAUUUAUAAGAGUUUCGGAUCCGAAUAUUUUCAUAUAUAUAAUAUGAAUUUUGAUUUUAAUAUAUGAAUAUUUAUCA